CCUCCCUUUAGUUAGAAUAUCCAAAACGAGAGUCGCUAUUACUUGAGGUGUUAUACAGGUUACCUGUAUGAUUGUCGGUGACCUAGAGAUCCAACAUAUAUGGUCCAGAUGGAUUCUCUAACCACAAUAUGGUUCCUUUUAGGCUUGUUUAGUGCAAGUCUGGCCCUUGAGUGUUACGUGUGUGAGAAUCAGGCAGACAACCGAGACAAGUGUGUGAAGACGACCAUCCAGUGUCGAGAGAACCAGGACACGUGUAUGACCAGGGUGCACUGGCACGCGCCGGACUUCUGGACACCUCGCAGUGUAAAGGUUCACCAUGUCUUCAAGAGCUGCAACUCCUCCAACUUCUGUGCCCGGGAGCAGCUGUCUUGGCCUGACAUGCUUGCCUGGACAUGCAUGAGAGACUGGUACAAGGGACUACACAACGGUAAGUUCCACGCACAAUCAGGACCAUGA